AUGUACCUGGUCACUUUCAUUGGAAACCUGCUCAUCAUCCUGGCCAUUAUCAUGGACUCCCGCCUCCAUACGCCCAUGUACUUCUUUCUCUCUAAUCUCUCUUUGGCAGACAUCUGUUUCACCUCCACCACCAUCCCUAAGAUGCUACUGAACAUCCAGAUGCAGAGCAAAGUCAUUACCUAUGUAGGAUGCAUCACCCAGAUAUACUUUUUCAUGCUUUUUGGAGAUCUGGAUAACUUUCUUCUGACUGUGAUGGCCUAUGACCGGUUUGUGGCCAUCUGCCACCCCCUCCAUUACACAGUCAUCAUGAACUCCCGACUCUGUGGCCUCCUGCUUCUGGCAUCCUGGCUCUUAGUCGUCUCCUUGUUCUAUGGUACAGGCCUUGGGGUGUAUCUUUGUUCUGUUGCUUCACAAAACUCCAGGCCCAGUGCCAUAGCCUCAGUGAUGUACACAGUGGUCACCCCCAUGUUGAACCCUUUUAUCUAUAGUCUGAAAAACAAAGACAUAAAGAAAGCCCUUAAAAAACUUUUCAGCCAAGAAACAUUCUCUACAUAG